ACAAAAUGGCGAGUUUAGCUGAUGUGUAUAAGGAUAAGGAAAGGACAAACUGGCUGAAGGCGUGGCUAGCAAUAGACAUUGCAAAGUCUGGCUUGGAACACUUAGCUGACAACGAGGCUCAGAAUUUUCACCGGCUAAUUUACAGCCAUGUAGGAUCUUCUUGCACCAGCUGUACCACAGCAAAUGUACAGCAGAAAAAACCAUGUCCAAGAAAGAUUUGUGAUCAAGUUUGUCAGAAAAUUAUCAAGGAACAUAGGUAUAAUAGUUUGUCUUGGAAGAAUACAUCUGCACAAUUGUGGCAAACAAACUAUUGGGAAAUAGCAAAAUGUUAUUUCCCACCAGAUGGAUAUGCUGCCACAAGUUCAAUUCAAGAUACAGACUUCAACGGAGUCAUCAGUUUUAUGCUAAACUGUAAACGCUUUGAUAGCAGUUUGUCUUUUCCAAUUACAACGGGAAAGCCCACAACUCACACGCACGCGUGCCUCCUGUAUAAGGCUCGUGAAAUCGGGAAAGCUGUGCGUCACUCUUCCGUAAUGAAGGUAACAGACGUGGAGCUCCUAGACUACUUAUCAACAUUGUCCAACCUGCUGAAUGAUUCAUGCUAUCUAAUUGGAGAUAGCGAUGCCCAAAAAGCUGUUAAGAAAUUAGAUGAGUUGAAAAAAGAUACCUUACUAUUGACUACAGCGGAGAUGAUGCAUUUCCUGGAGGCUGUUGAUGCAACUUUGAAGAAGCACUUGAAAGAUGUUGCCAAAGAUAUUGUCGACACAUCACUGAUUGAGCUCAGAGAAAACACAGCGUUGUGUAUUGAUAAAAUGACAGACUAUAUGGAUACAUGUAAGGAAGAGCUCGCAAAAGAGGCAGUAUCGCAUAAACAAGAUUUUGAUAAGAACGCCGACAAAUGCAUGAAAGAUUAUAAUGAACUGACAGUCUCACGCAAAAAAGACUUUGAUGGGAACGCAGACAAACGCACACUAGCCUUUAAUGAGAGAGCAGAUAAAUGCACGCAAGAUUAUGGUAAACUCACAGCCACAGGCAAAACAGAUUUUGAUGAGAACGCAGAAAAACGCACGCAGGAGUAUGAUACACUCACAGUCACACGCAAAAAAGACUUUGAUCAGAACGCAGAAAAACGCAAAAAAGACUUUGAUGAGAACGCAGAAAAACACAUGAGAAAAAUCUAUGAACAGUGUGGAAAUACCUCUUUCACUGAAACUUCCUACAAAAAGUCCUGUGAAGAAAUUCAGGCGUGGUUAAUCAAACAGUACCGUGCAAUGUGUGUUGUGCCGGUGUCCAUGCUGGAUCCUGACAUAGAUGUACCUUUGGAACGGAUCUACGUUCCCCCGUCCAUCAAGGCACUUAAGAGAGGCCAGGACGUCAUACAUGGCGGGAGUGAGAUGGACAAGUCUUCAACGAUGGAAUCAGACGUGAAUUGCUACAAAGAGUUGCUGCAUCGUGACGGGAAUCCGGUUAAUACAAUUUAUAUCCAAGGUGAUCCAGGUUGUGGUAAAACUACGUUUUCAACAAAACUGGUUCUUGAUUGGUGUAAUGCGCAUUCAGAAAAUGAUGCCAGUACUAAGAAAAAAAGAACAGUCACUACCAGAGGAAAGGCGUCAAACCGAACAGGUUUCAGCGAUCUUGACACUUUGCGAGACUACAAAUUUCUGUUUUUUGUGUCAUUACGUGAUUACAGUGGAACCAUGUGCAACGUCAGUCAGAUGGUCGUGGAAGCCAUACAAAGCAACAAACUACCUUGGGAUGACAGUGUCUGGGAACAUAAAUGCAUUGUUCUUACAGACGCCGCAGACGAAUGGUACCACCCCGAUUUAUCCUAUCCACCGCCACGGGACUAUACUUGCAGGUGCGGUAAAGACCAGAUUAUGCCGCUGUACUUACAGCGAAAUAACAUUACCAACAUUAUAACUGCACGACCAUGGAAACUUGCCAAUCGCAGAAUGAGCGAUAGCUUAACGCGUAUGUUCCAAAUUUCCGGCGUUGCGAACUACGAAACCUUGGCGAGAAAUGUCAUUAAUGUUUUAGCUGAGAAAAACGGUAUAUCGCAAAAGGCUACACAAAGCAAAUGUAAUGAUUUUUUUGAGAAACUAAAGAAUAAUAACAUGAGAAAUCUCAUGACAAUUCCAGCUAUUUGUGUGCAACUCGUUCAUCAGUUUUACGUUGGACGUUUAAUGGAAGAUUCACUAUGUUCUAUAUACAUAAAUAUGCUAGAUAUGCACAUAGCCAAAGGGUUGCACAAACUUCAAAUUGAAGAUUUUGACACUGAAACAAUUUGCGUUAAAGAAAUAAAACACAUAUUUGAAACAGGAAAAAACGAGUAUAUGUCGGCUAAUGGGUCGCUGAUUCGCUCUGCAUGUGCACUAGCGUUUAAAACACUAACAGACUCUAGUAAAGAAUCGUCGCUAGUAUUUGCGAAAAACACAAUCACAAACCAUAUGACGGAAACACAACUUGGUUACUUACUUCAGACAGGGAUUAUCACACAGAAAAAAUCGUUGGCGCUUAGCCCGCAAAAGAAUAUUCCAUACAUGUUUGUACACAAAACUAUUCAGGAGUUUCUAGCAUCGAUGCAUAUUGCAAUUAAUCAGACGGGCAUUGAAGACAUCAUGAGCGCCAUACAGUCGGCGUAUUCUGAUGGUGAGUCUAUUCUGGACAUCGGUCAGUUAUUUAUCUUCACGUGUGGAAUGUGUGGUCCAGUGGCUGAAAGAAUGUCAAAGCACAUGAUGGAUGUCAUAACAAGCGACAUGGAAAGCAAGCUGCUUUCUAUUUCAGACCAUGAGAUGGAUCUAUUUUUCACGCCUUAUUUAGCACAAAGAAUUUUAUUGGGUGGCUUUAUUGAAAGGUUGGCGAAUAAACAGCCGUGCUUACAACUGACACUCACUCAUAUAGUACUUGAUGCUUUUACAAUUCCUACCAGCAAGGAAAUCGAUGCUUUAAAUACGUUAAUAGAUAUGAACAUCUCAAACAUCACAAGCAUGGAUGCAUUUUUCUUUUACAAUUAUCAACAGAAAUCAAAUCGUGUACAGAAAAUUAUUUCGCAAUCGAGAGAAUCAUUGUCGUAUCUGCAGCUUAGAGACCUGGGUGAAUCAGACCUACAAUUCGACCUACAGGGUCUUAAGCUCAAGAGCUUAUCAUGUAAAGGAGCACAGUCAUGGGAGAAAAGAUCUUCAACUGUGAAACCGACCACCCACCAGUCGUCAUGA